AACACAGACCUGAAUGGUCACUACUGUAUGCUAUCAUGGACAGUCAAAAUGCUCCAAUAACAAUAGUGCGCGACAUCAAUGUGAUUGAUGGUCAUCUGGUUCGUUGCCGUGAAGACUUCGUAUGCAGUCGUCGACGCAUCGAUCACGAUUCACCAACCACUAUCUCUCUAGUUGCUAGCAAGUAGCAACGCAUAACUGAUAGCUGCCUCCGUCAUUUGUCCCAGUCUCACCAAUGGCUUCGACAGCGCUACUGCUUGUCAUGGCCAUGGCCAUCCACGGCGGCGGUACUGCGUGGUGCUUCGCGUCGGACACCAUCUCCGCCAGCUCCCCCAUCUCCGGUGACCGGACCGUCGUGUCGAGAGGCCGCAAAUUCGAGCUGGGCUUCUUCAGUCCCGCUGGUGGGGGCAGCAACUACUACGUGGGGAUCUGGUACAAGCAGGUCGUGUCGCAGCGCACGCCCGUAUGGGUCGCCAACAGGGCCGCGCCGGUCGCCGACCCGGCGUCCUCUCGGCUCGCCGUGGCGGCGGACGGCAACCUCGUGCUCAUCAAUGAAGCCGGCAAGCUCGUCUGGUCCUCGAACGUCAGCUCCGCCAGCAGCUCGAACGGCGCCGCCGCCGUGGCGGUCAUCUUGGACACCGGGAACCUCAAGCUCUGGCGCGAGAGCAGCGGCGAGGUCCUAUGGCAGAGCGUGGAGCACCCGACCGACACGUGGCUCCCUGGAGUCCGCCUCGGCAUGAACAAGAUCACCGGCGAAGUGCAGGCGCUGGUUUCGUGGAAGAACGCCGGUGACCCGGCUCCCGGCAUGUUCACCUUGGGGAUCGACCCCAACGGGACCAGCCAGUACUUCGCAAAAUGGAACAGGUCCGUGACUUUCUGGAGCAGCGGAGAGUGGAAGAACGGUGUGUUCUCCGGGGUCCCGGAGAUGAUAUCGCACGACAAGUACGACUUCAUGUUCUUCUCCGACGCGAACGCCAGCUACUUCAGCUACUCCCUGCAGGACCCCACGGUGAUCUCCAGGUUAGUCCUGGACGUCUCCGGCCAGGUGAGGCAGAUCAUGUGGGCGCAGUCCCGCGACGAGUGGGAGAUCAUCUGGAUGGAGCCGCACAGCCGAUGCGCCAUCUACGCCGUCUGCGGCGAGUUCGGCGUCUGCAACGAGAACAGCGAGCCCUACUGCAGCUGCCUCGCCGGCUUCCGGCCUUCCUCCGUAGCGGACUGGGAGUUAGGAGAUCACUCGAUGGGCUGCCGCCGGAACAAUCCCUUGCGGUGCGACGGUGGCGCGAACAGCAGCUCGGUUGACGGCGAGGGCGAUGGAGACGCCUUCUUGGUGGCUCCAGGUGUUUCUCUGCCGAGAAAUCCUCCAUCGCCUGCACGGGCAUCCAGCGCUCGAGACUGCAGGUUGGCGUGCUUGAGGAGCUGCAACUGCACCGCGUACUCUUACGGCAGUCACUGCUCUCUGUGGUACGACAGCUUGCUCAACUUGGAGCGGCGCUUCCAGGAUACGGCCGGCAUGGAUGACCUUUACCUCCGGGUGUCCGCCAUGGACGUACCCUCCUCGAAAGGCCGUAAGAGAACGAUCGUCUUCGUCUCCAUUGCCUCAGUUGCGUCGAUCCUAGCCUUGUCUGUCAUCGUGUCCGUGGUUGUUAGGAUGUAUAGGAAACGGCAGAGGACCAUAACAUUCAUGCAGGCAGCAUCAGAAGGCGGCAACCUUGUGGCGUUCAAGUACGGCGACGUGAGGAGGGCGACCAAGAACUUCUCGGAGAAGCUCGGUGGUGGCAGCUUCGGGUCGGUGUACAAGGGAACACUGCCCGGGGGCCAGGUCGCCAUCGCGGUGAAGAAGCUCGAAGGCCGCCUCUGCGUGGGGGAGAAGCAGUUCCGGAACGAGGUGCGCACCAUCGGCGUGAUCCAGCACGUCAACCUCGUACGCCUCCGCGGCUUCUCCUCCCACGGCAGCGAGCGGCUGCUCGUCUACGACCACAUGCCCAACGGCUCGCUGGACAAGGUGCUCUUCGGGGGAGCGCCGGCGCCGGCGCCGGCACUGAGCUGGCGCUCGAGGUUCCAGAUCGCGCUCGGCGCGGCACGGGGCCUGCUGUACCUCCACGAGGGGUGCCGGGACUGCAUCAUACACUGCGACAUCAAGCCAGAGAACGUCCUGCUCGACAAGGAUCUCGUGCCCAAGGUUGCCGACUUCGGCCUCGCGAAGCUGCUGGCGAGGGACUUCAGCAGGGUCCUGACCACGGUGCGUGGCACCAUCGGGUACCUCGCGCCGGAGUGGAUCUCCGGCGUGCCGAUCACCGCCAAGGCCGACGUGUACAGCUACGGGAUGGUGCUGCUGGAGAUCGUCUCUGGCCGGAGGAACGCGCGGUGCUGGCCGGCCGUGGAGCAGGACCCGUCGCUGUCGGGGUACUUCCCGCUGGUGGCCGCGAGGAAGGUCAGCCAAGGGGAGGCGCUCGACGGGCUGCUGGACGAGCGGCUGCACGGCGAUGUGGACCCGCGGGAGCUGGAACGCGCGUGCAGGGUGGCCUGCUGGUGCGUGCAGGACGACGAGGCGCGCCGGCCGACGAUGGAGCAGGUGGUACAGGCGCUGGAGGGAGUCGUCGCCGUGGACGUGCCGCCGGUUCCGACGUCAUUGCAGGCCUUGGCCGAGAAUUCCGGCUUUCUGAUGAGUGCGAGUACCAGUGCAUGCUUUGAUGGCUUCUCACGAUCCCAUCUACGGGACAGUUAGUUUCGCGCUAGCCCUUGUCAGUGGGAAUCUCAAGAGUUGUACAUGCACCCGUGUUUUCUUAUCCCUGUCCGUAUUUGGAAAUAAAAUUCUAAAAAAUAUCUUUUAGAGUAAA